CAGACGCCCCUCGGCUGGCCGAGCCCUUGGCGGGUGGAAGGAGCGCGGCGGCCGGUGUCCCAGCGGGUUCGUUUCGCCCCGUGGGCCCAGCUUUCAGGGGAGGGUGCGCGUUGGUUACCUUCGAGUUUGUGGUGGGUUUCUGAUCAGCGCUUGCGAGGUCGGGAGUGAUCACUUCGGAAAGUAAUCUGUGACCUUUGGGUUGGAACAUCAGGAGUACUUUAGUGAAUCAAAACUGUAGGGAGAUUGCAGGAGACACGUGGGCCUGAACUGCAAUAAAUGCUUUUUUAAAAAUAAGCUUGAAACCUUAGCUUGUCUUCUUCCCCCAUCAUCCCCCAUUUUCUUUUGUACCACGCAUGUUUCUUAGCAUUGUUUUAACAGCAUAUCGGCACGCUAUUACUCAUUUUGCUUUGUAAGAAGUAAAUAACUUCUGUCGUGGUGAGAUAAAUAUCACUUACAACAGUGUGUUUGAAUUGUUUUAAUUUCCUAGCCUGUGCAAAUUACAGCUGUGUUCUUAAUGCUUGUUGAUAGCAGGAAACAGGAGAACCCAUGACCUAUAAAAGUGCAGAUGCUCCUGGAAAUUUAGUGUCACAUCGAGGAUAAUGAUUUACAGGAGGAAAAAGCUGUUAAGUGGGAAUAAGGAAACUAGAAAUAGGUCUUGACUAUUUGGGGUAACAGGGGCUGUGCCCAUGCAUCUUUGUUGUGCCGCAUGCGCUUGCAACCUCAGCUUAUGGAGGUUCAUCCUCUGCUGUGCUCGUCUUGUGGUAAGCUCUGUAUUUGCAGACAAACUGAUAACAUAUCUUUUAGAAACAUCAAGGAAUUCUUUCCAUUUAUUAGAUGCCUAAAACUUGAUGGCAAAGUGUGGACCGUCUCUUGUGUUGGAUUAAGAAGCAGGAAGAGCUGAUGACAGGUGCCUGCAUGGGAAAUUGUACCUGGAUAUUGUAAUGCCAAAUGGCAUGCUGGUCCUCCCCAAAACACUCCACUUAUUUCUCGGGCCUCAGUUGUUACUGUUGGAGGUGGGAAUACCAAAGGCCAUACUUAAUUUUCCCUUCUUAAUUCCUGUGCUUUGGAAUGGGGCUGUAGCCUCUGGAUCAGUGUUUCAGGCAAUGCCGUGGUGGGCUGUCUGCCUUUUGCACUUCUUUUCAUGGUUCCCUUUCUGAUGCAGUUCUUCAUGACUUUCUUUUUCCUGGUUUGGCUGAUGGGAUCUCGAAUGUUUAUUUCACUGCUGAGGCCAGUGCUCCUGUUUGAACAGAUUAGGAAUUGAGGUUGGCUCCCACAAUAAUAGUGCACUUAAAGAAGGACUUAUUUAUUUAUUUUUGUUCACAUUGAUAGUUAACUGUUUCAAAUGUUACAAUUGUAUUACAAACUAAGAACAUACAAUUGUGAUCUAAAUGUUAACAGAAAGGAAGGCAAACGUUGUACUCUGCGGUAUGGUUUCUAUCAAUGCAGUUUAAAUAAUUGCCAUCAGCUUCUUGAAGUUUCGGAUUUUUUUCAGAUAAGCUAAAAUCAUCUAAGUUUUAAACACUAGUUAAACUGUUGGGGUUUUUGUUUUAUUUCUGUGUAUACAUCUUGGAAGUAGGCAGACACAGUAUUCUGUUUGUUUUUCCAUACAGAUUUUUUCCAAACUCUUUCCUCUGCUAGGUCUUUAUGCUCUUCAGCCUUUAACUAUAGACAACUCUAAUGUUGCAUUGGGUACGUUUUCCAGUUCUGUGUUUCACUGAGUGGUUAAUGUCUCUGAGAGCUUAGUUUUAAAGGAGUUUGCUACUACAGGGUGAAAUUCUGAAAGAGCUAGGGGUGAUGUUUUUGUUUCUUAAUUUGAUAGCCAUCAUCUGUGUUUUCUGGGAGCUCUGAAUUAGAAAUGAGAGUUCAGCCUGAACUGCUAAAAACACUAAUUGCUGUGUUUAUUUCCUCCCACAAGACCCCUAGGCUAACUAGGAGUUCAAGCUAUGAUUAAAAUGUGGAUAUAUAAAGACAAGAUGAUACAGAUCUUGAAAUGUGCAGCCAGUUUGGAAAAUCCUAUGUUGGAAAAACAUUGCCCAUAGCAAUGUACCUUACAGAGCAACAAGAAAGUGAGGAACUAAGGGUACUUAAUGGCACUAAAAUUGAGCAAAAUGGCUGUUCUAUCCUUUGUGUGAAGAUGGAAUGAGGAAUUUAAUGGAUUAUUCUACAUUGUGACAAAAGCUUUAUGAAAAUGUGUACUUUUGAAACCGAGGUAUUUCAGCAGUGGGUUUAUAGGCGGGUCUUUCUGAGACAUGCUUUCACUGUUUUUCUAAAAUACUUGAUUGGCAGGAAACAAUUUAUUCUUAAGUCUGUUGCUGGAGUCCCAUGGGAUUCAAACUAAUAAUUUGAUUGAUUGUUUGAUAAAAAGGUGGUAGUUUUGCUUACGUUACAGUGGUAUUAAAAAUGCAAAGCUGUCUGGACAAUCUGCCUGUGCAGUGUUGGAACACCCAGCUCUUAAUUGAUUGGACUUUGCUGUCCAGCACAGAUACCAUCUGCAUUCAUCCCUUAGACAAGUCAUUUUCUGCAGGGGAGAAAAAAUAUCUGUUUAUUGGUUUUUUGAGUUUACAUUUGUUGUGUGGCUUGUGGCAUAUAACUAACCCCGGUGCUGGAACAAAGCAGUAGAGGGCUGUGUGUGAUCAGUGUAGGGCCCAGAAGUGUUCUAACGGUAUAAUGAACUACUUCACAUGGCUUUGUACUUGAGCUAACAGGUUCUCCAGGGACACUUUAUGAAGCUCAAGAGAGAGAGUCUUACAUUUUAGCCUUUCCCUCUGUGGGUGUGAUUGUCUAGUUCUAGAUGAACAGCCUCGGUGUGUUGUGCCGUGCUUCAUCGAUUUAGCUCCUAACCAGGAACGGAUCUUUGCACUGUACUCUGUGUUGUGUUCCUGAACGUCAUUCAUGCUUUUAUUUGCUAAGAAAUGUCUGAGCGUUUGUUUGUGUGCUUUACUGUGAGCUUGACCCCGCAGCACGUCAGGCUGUACCCCUGCAUAGUGCCCUCCUAUAGCAUGGUGCUUGUUUCAGGGUAGUAAUUAAAAUGAAUGAAAGGGGAGUGAUGUUAAGUAGUGGCUUGCUCCUUUGUAGGUGAGAGAAUCCAAAGAAAUACUACAUCUACUCUCAAGAUAAUACCCUUUCUGCAGUCAUGCUUAACACCGGGUUGUUUGUAUGUCAGAGUUUUGCUGAUAGGCUGAUAAAGCUCAAUGUUGUGUUUUGUAUGUUUUGACAAGAAAACUGAUAAGCCAGUGUGGAGAUAACUGGAUUUGGGGUAGAACUGCAUGUUUCUGCUACUGCUUCCUAAAGAGAUUUUAACAUGAUGCAAGUAGUGAAUUAAUUUAACUAAAUGCCUUUUUGCAAGACAAGGGGGAAGAGUCUUCAGUGUAAUGAAAGAAAAAAAAAAAAAAAGCAUCAGUCUUUAAGUUCAGUCUCUUCACUGUAAUGCUGAGGCAGAAAAGUACACAGGGUUGGUAUCCCAGGACCAGUUUAUAAAGAGCUGUGUAGGUAAGUGGUGACGGGCCUUUGCCCAGAAAGAACGUAGUUUCUGUUCUUGCAAAGUUUUUCUGAUGCCUACCGUGAUUACUGGCAGGUUGCAGUAAAGCUAUUAAAGAGUACAAAUGAGUGUUCUAAAAAACCUGCAUGUGAACCUUCCUGUUUUAAAAACAUUUAAAUUGUAUACCUAUCCAUUAUACACACGUAACGUGCCUGUAUGCUUGGAGCUUUUCAGCUAUUCCUGAAGGAAUAUGUAGCGUUUUAGGGAGCUUCUAAAUAAAGGGCAGACGCGUAUAGGGAAGGGGAGGUUCUUUUUCCUUUACCUAAUUUUGGAGUCUCACUCUGUGCUGGCAGCCGUAUGUUGUCAGUGCAGAGUAUCAGAAGAGCUGGCAGGUAGAGGUGAGAGUAGUGGCAGAAGGGUCGUGUGCAGAGUGAGGUGGUGUACAUCUGUAUGUGUACCUAUGUACCUUAAUGCAUCCAUACAGGAAAAUACACUUUGGAGAGGAGUUUCUUACCAAGUACUGUAACACAUGUAUGACACCCAGUUCCUAUUUAGUUCCUUUAAAUUAGAUUCUAGGCAACUUGCUUCAAGUAACAGUUUUAUACAGCUAAUUUCCAAGCAUAAAACUCUUGCUAUGGGGGAAAUAGUUUUUAAUAAUGCAUUUAAGAAUUCGUUAUGUUAAUACAGGUACAGUGAAAGAGUCUGGUGAGAAACAUAAGGGAUCUGUUGAAAUUCCUAACCUGUCAGAAGAAAAUGAGGUAGAUGAUACAGAGAUAAACAUUAGCAAAAAGAAAGGGGAAGGUGAUGUUCUGAAGGACCUUAUGAGAACUGAAGGAACCACGAAAGUCAGAGAGGCCCUGAGAGAUUAUCUGAAAGCACUUAAAACAGAGUUUACCUCGGGAAUGAUUCUGCCAACAAAAGCUCCUGUUGGUCAGGAGCCGGCUGCUGAGCGAAGACUAAAUGGAAACACCAUGCAAGAUUCCAUGUCACCACAGUCUUUAGGUAGAGUUGGUGUAAAAAUUCCAACAGUGAAGAUACUGAUGAGAGAAAUCUUCAACUCUCCAGCAGAUGAACUUUAUAGCAUCUUCACAACUAAGGAAUUGGUACAGAAGUUUUCUAAAUGUCCUGCUGUGAUUGAAGCUGACAAAGGAGGCAAACUUCAGAUGUUUGAUGGCUCUGUCAGCGGUGAAUAUGCAGAACUGGUCCCAAGCCAAAGAAUUGUCCUGAAGUGGAGGUGUAGGAGCUGGCCUGAUGAACAUUAUGCAACGGUUGCCUUGACUUUCAAGGACGUGGCUGCUCAAACAGAACUGGAGUUGGAGUGCAAAGGCGUGCCUGUCUCCAACGAAGAGAGUACAAGGCAAUGUUGGAAGCAGCGGUAUUUUGAAGAAAUACAUCUAUUACUGCAGCAAUCCAAAGAUGACAUGGAAUGAGAACAGCACUGUACUUUUGUUGGGGCAUUACUUUUUAUACUUUGUUAACAUUUGUUUUUUUACAGAAAGUAAUUUAUUUGUGGGAAGAAUAAAGACCCACUUCUAUGAUAUUGUAUAUAAUUUAAGCAUUAUUUAUUGAUUUCUAGUGAAUGAGGUGGUGAGUCAGACAGACUGGGUAUAUAAACAGCUUUACCUGGGGAAAUGGAGCUGUGUUCUGCUGGCCUCCAACUGCAGAGAGCAUUAAUGAUUUGGCUGCAGGAAGUGCUGUAGGUAAGCUACAGGAAUCAAGAGGAAGCAUUUGCAGUUUGUUAUUAGUCAGUGUAUCAAGUGGUGAAUUAAAUCCCUCCCAGAGAUGGGGUUCCCAUCAGAGGUGAACUGAAAGGGCUGAUAAAACUGCUGAUGCAUUAGAUCUGUCAAUAAAUGGGGUGGAUAUAGUUUACAGUCUCUUCAAAUACUUCUGAAGAUGGCUUUAACUGCAGACUGAAUUUGUGUCUAGCUCUGUGGAUGGUUUUACAGAAAUACCAUCUCACUGCAGUUGCUACAACAGUUACUACUAUUACUUCUGCAUGCACUCUACCCCCUUACUGACCUCAGUGUGAAAGAAACAAACAGUAAUAAUGCUUCCCCUUUUGCAGUUCUGUAAACCUUCUGCUGAAAUGAUUUAUGGCCCUCUGCUAUGCUGUAGCUCAACUGAACAUCUGAGCAACUCUUUUUGUUAGGAGUAAGAAACUGUUACUCCUAAUUAAACCAUAUUGAGGUUAGCAAGGAUAACUUAAUUCUUAAAUGCUUUUAAAAAGUGUAUGAAUUAAAUAAUGCAAUUUGAAACAAAUUGACCAAAAAGAGGCAAACGUGGUUGGCUCAAUAAAAUAUGUGACUCUACAUGCAGUUAUUUUCUCCAUGAACAGAUACUGCCAAACUAAACGAGUCUGUAUAGCAGUUAAGUCCAAUAUAUUUUAUUUUUACGGGAUACCAGCAUGCAGCAACCUUACCACACAUAAGCUUAUACCAUCCUGAAGAUAAAGAGGUGCUGAUCUUUUCUGCAGGCAAGGUUUUUCCCUGAGAAGUUUGCAGUUACCCCCUUUGAACUUAGGUGAGGUUUGUUGUGGUAACAAGAACAAACUGUAAUGGCUGGUUACUGGGUGUUGCCUUGCAGGUGUUAAGAAAUGGCCAGAGAACAGCCUCAUGAGAAACAGCAUGUUUUAUGAUAUCUUUCUUUUUCUAAAUGCUCAGAAUUUAGUUACCUGUUUGAAUAAAUAUUCAGGGACAAGAAGCCAAACAUUCUGAAUAUAAAAAUGAUUUAGAGCAGCGGUUUAUAAAGGGGCAACCUUAAAUACAAACAUAAAAUCUAGGUUUAAAGAGGCAAUGAGGCCAGGUGGUUUCGUGUGUAACAAUCCAAGAGAUUUUGUGACAGUUUGGUAUCUGAGAGCAGGCUGUUACAUCUCAUCACAAGCUUCUUCAAACGGUUUCUCCUAGAGCCCUGGUACUUCUCCAGGAAGUGGGGCUCACCCCCUGCCCCCAACUAAAAACCCCAUCCACCAUUUUGCUAGUUGGGAUUUUGUUGUCUCCUCCUGUGAGCAGGAGCAUUCAGCUGGACCACCUGUCACUCACCAGUGUUAAAAGAAGCAACUGAUUUGUGCUCCCAGAGUCAGGGGUAGCCAGAACCCCUGAAAACUCCACAGCUGCUGUGGGGAGACUCAAGCCUGUGCGAGGACCAACAGCCCCUGCCAGCCCCUUAUUUCCUUUAUAACGCAAGGGUAGGGAACUGAAGAGGACACACUAUCCUCUUCCCUUGCAUCUGCACAGCUCUAAUUCCUGUAACAUGCAGAAUCUUGCUGAAGUUAAAAGCAUAAAGUACCCACCUUAUGGUUCUGCUUCC